GGGGGAGCCGCACCUCGGGCGGCGGCGGGGCCGUGGCAGGAAGCGGCGGGGGACGGGAACGGCGGCGGGGACGGCCCGGCGGACACCUUCCUGCCCUCCUCCCGCCUUUCUCCUCGGCCGCCGCGGACGUGGCCCGUUGCCGCCGGCCGGCCGGCAGGCAGGCAGGCACCAGGUGCUGAAUGUCAUCUAGCAGUACUCAUAUUUGCGUGGGAAGGAGAAAGAAGGAGGACACUAGAAUAAGAGACCGCAUAGAGUCUGGGGGGACGAGAGCACAGGACAAUGCUGCUGAAAGGAAUCUGAGCCACAGAGCAUGCUUUGUGCCACAGUUACCCAGGUGCUGAAUGCUGUCUACAAACUACUUUGUCGAUGAAGGAAGAAAUUGAUUGGAAAUUGAAAGUGCGAACUAGUUUGUAAUACUGUUCAACAUGCGCAAAGGGGUGCCAAAGGACCCAGAAAUAGCUGACCUGUUCUACAAAGAUGAUCCUGAAGAAAUAUUUGUGGGUUUACAUGAAAUUGGACAUGGAAGUUUUGGAGCAGUUUACUUUGCUACAAAUUCCCACACUAAUGAGGUGGUGGCAGUCAAGAAAAUGUCCUAUAGUGGAAAGCAAACAAAUGAGAAAUGGCAGGAUAUCAUCAAAGAAGUCAAGUUUCUACAACAGCUGAAGCACCCCAACACCAUAGAGUAUAAGGGCUGUUACCUGAAAGAGCAUACGGCAUGGUUGGUUAUGGAGUACUGUUUAGGAUCAGCUUCCGAUUUGCUAGAGGUUCACAAGAAACCACUUCAGGAAGUGGAGAUUGCUGCCAUCACCCACGGUGCCUUGCAGGGGCUGGCCUACCUGCACUCUCACUGUAAGAUUCAUAGGGAUAUUAAAGCUGGAAAUAUUCUUCUAACAGAACCAGGUCAAGUGAAGCUAGCUGAUUUUGGGUCUGCGUCUAUAGUCUCCCCUGCCAAUUCAUUUGUGGGAACGCCUUACUGGAUGGCACCAGAGGUGAUCCUUGCUAUGGACGAGGGACAGUAUGAUGGAAAGGUGGAUGUCUGGUCUCUUGGGAUCACGUGUAUUGAGUUAGCUGAAAGGAAGCCUCCACUUUUCAACAUGAAUGCAAUGAGUGCCUUAUAUCACAUAGCCCAGAACGAUUCCCCUACGUUACAGUCAAAUGAAUGGUCAGACUCCUUUAGGGGAUUUGUUGAUUACUGCUUACAGAAAAUACCUCAGGAAAGGCCAUCAUCAACAGAUCUGUUACGGCAUGAUUUUGUUCGCCGAGACCGACCACCAAGGGUACUAAUAGACCUCAUACAAAGGACAAAAGAUGCAGUACGUGAACUGGAUAACCUUCAGUACCGGAAAAUGAAGAAAAUCCUUUUCCAAGAGACACGGAAUGGCCCACUGACCGAGUCUCAAGAAGAGGAGGAGGACAGUGAGCAUGGAUCAAACCUGAGUAGGAAGAUGGACAGUCUGGGCAGCAACCAUUCCAUCCCAAGUAUGUCUGUGAGCACAGGCAGUCAGAGCAGCAGUGUGAGCAGCAUGCAGGAGGUCCUGGAUGAGAGCAGCCCUGAACUGGUCAUGAUGCAUAGUGACGAGAGCACAAUUAAUUCCACUUCCUCCGUUGUUCACAAGAAGGAUCAUGUAUUUAUAAGGGAUGAGGUGGGCCACAGGGAUCGCAGGCCUGAGGUGCGGCCUACCCAGUCAGUGCAGAAUCAGGCCCUCCACUACCGGAACCGAGAGCGCUUUGCCACAAUCAAAUCAGCAUCUUUGGUUACAAGACAGAUCCAUGAGCAUGAGCAGGAGAACGAGUUGCGGGAACAGAUGUCAGGAUAUAAGCGGAUGCGGCGCCAGCACCAGAAGCAGCUGAUCGCCCUGGAAAACAAGUUGAAGGCCGAGAUGGACGAGCACCGCCUCAAGCUGCAGAAGGAGGUGGAGACGCAUGCCAACAACUCGUCCAUUGAGCUGGAGAAGCUGGCCAAGAAGCAAGUGGCUGUGAUGGAGAAAGAGGCAAAGGCAGCUGCAGCAGAUGAAAAGAAAUUCCAGCAACAGAUUUUGGCUCAGCAAAAGAAAGACCUGGCGACCUUUUUAGAAAGUCAGAAGAAACAAUACAAGCUUUGCAAGGAAAAGAUUAAGGAGGAAAUGAAUGAGGACCACAGCACGCCGAAGAAAGAGAAGCAAGAAAGAAUAUCCAAACAUAAAGAGAACCUGCAGCACACACAGGCUGAAGAGGAGGCCCAUCUUCUCAGCCAGCAGAGACUCUACUACGACAAAAACUGCCGUUUCUUCAAAAGAAAAACAAUGAUCAAGAGGCACGAGAUGGAGCAACAGAACAUUCGGGAAGAGUUAAACAAGAAGCGGACCCAGAAGGAAAUGGAGCAUGCCAUGCUGAUCCGGCACGACGAGUCGACGCGUGAGCUGGAGUACAGGCAGCUGCACACGCUGCAGAAGCUGCGAAUGGACCUGAUCCGGCUGCAGCACCAGACUGAGCUCGAGAACCAGCUGGAAUACAACAAGCGGCGAGAGCGGGAGCUGCACAGGAAGCAUUUCAUGGAGCUCCGGCAGCAACCAAAGAACCUGAAGGCUAUGGAAAUGCAGAUCAAAAAGCAGUUCCAGGACACAUGCAAAGUGCAAACUAAGCAGUACAAAGCACUGAAGAAUCACCAGCUGGAAGUAACUCCAAAGAGUGAGCACAAGACAAUUUUGAAGAGUCUGAAGGAUGAGCAGACAAGGAAGCUCGCCAUCCUGGCAGAGCAGUAUGAGCAGAGCAUCAACGAGAUGAUGGCCUCACAAGCGCUACGGCUGGAUGAGGCCCAAGAAGCGGAAUGCCAAGCCCUGAGACUGCAACUCCAGCAGGAGAUGGAGCUGCUCAACGCAUACCAGAGCAAAAUUAAGAUGCAGACAGAAGCACAGCACGAAAGAGAACUCCAGAAGCUGGAGCAACGGGUGUCGCUGCGCAGGGCACAUCUUGAACAAAAGAUCGAAGAGGAGCUAGCCGCCCUCCAGAAGGAACGCAGCGAGAGGAUAAAGUUUCUGUUGGAAAGGCAGGAGCGAGAGAUUGAAACGUUUGACAUGGAGAGCUUGCGAAUGGGCUUUGGGAAUUUGGUCACAUUAGAAUAUCCCAAGGAGGACUAUAGAUGAGAUUAAAUUUCUUUGCCAUUUAAAAACAAAAAAAGACAAAAAGCAAACAAAACAAUGAUGAAACUUGCAAAACCAACAUUCCCCAUGUUAACGGGCGUGCUCUCUCUCUUUCUGUCUCUCUUACUGACAUCGUGUCGGACUAGUGCCUGUAUAUUCUUACUCCAUCAGGGGCCCCCUUUCCCCCUGUGUCAAGUCCCGGUGCAGGACAGCUCCUGGCGGUCUUUUCCAUAGUAUGUCACAGUAUUGAUGUCUCUGUGCAAUGAUUAAAAAUGUUUCAGUGAAAACUUUGGAGACAAUUUUAAUGGAAAAAAAAAAAAGUGGAUGUAUGUUGCUUUUGAGCAAUCACUCAUUUUACCACCAAUCAAUGAAAGUACAAGCAAAAAAAAAUAAUAAUAAUCAAAAGAUAUAUACAAACCCAGGGGGAGAGAGACUAAAUCCGCAGCCUUACCUUAACUAGCUGCUGCAUAAUUUUAUUUUAUUUUUAUUUUUUUGGUAUUUAUUCAUCAGGAAUAAUUAAAUAAUAAAAAAUUUUAUUAAAGAUUGAAAAAUUUGAUACAUUUUACAGAAAAAAAACUUAAUCGUGAUGUACAUAUCAGUGGUGACAUAUUAUUACUUUUUUGGGGGUGGGGAGGGGCGGGGCGAAGAUCUGGUGAUUUUUAGAAGAACCAUGCCAGGCGAGGCGGGGAUGAGACCUCGGUCCUCGGCAUAUUCUUGAUUGUAUCAUAAUCAUUUUCUGCUGUCGCAGAGAAUGUGAAUACACUUAAAUGAGCCCACAGGAUCCCAGUAGCACAAAUUGGGCUUUGUCAAAUCGUGUAUUUUGUGUAUAGAAGGAAUUUAAGGAGAGCUUUUACUUAUUUUCAUAUUGUAUUUUAACUGUUUCUCUGAUCAAAAAUUUUUUUACUUCUUUCCCCCCUUCCCUCCUGCUCCCAGCCACCCCGCCCACUCUCCAGUUCAGUACUUGGAGUUCAACACUGUCUGUUAGAUCAUCCCCAGCCCUUUUUUUUCUUUUUUUUUUUUUUUUUUUUUCUGUUCCUCCCCCAAGUCCACCCCCAACCCCAUGAUCUUGGUCAUAAAUAUUGCAUUAUUCACACUUUCAAACUGUGUAUUUUCUUACAAUAAAAAGAUAAAAAAAAAAGGCUUUACUUCUUUUGCAUGCACUUUAAAAAAAAAAAAAAACAACAAAAAACAACAAAAAACCAACAAAACAACAAAAACAUUUUUCAGGUUCCAAGGAAGAGCAUGAAUAACUGUCAGAGCUUUUAAUUAUAUUUGUAAAUAAAAGUGUUCAUCACAA